CAGGUUUUCAAAAAUUGAAAUGAAUUCUUAUCUGCUACCUUUUAUUUCCAAACCUUUCAUUUCUUCAUUUGCUCAGUCUGGAGGCUUUAGCAGAGGGUUCUCCACAGCUUGACGAGCCAAAUCUGGAAUUCCUCCCAUCAGAUUAACUAGAAUCCGCAACAAAAAAGUCAGAUUUGCUCAGUAGUCCAUUGGCCGAAGAUCUAGGGCACUGUUGAAAAAUAUGAAUGUUGUCUUCUUCUCCUUGGCGACAUUUAGGGCAUUGAGCUUCCACCACAACCCUCUUAAGCUUUAGAUUGACAAGGGACUGAAUGAAGUUCCAGGAAAAUCUCUAUACUGUAAUCUGUAUUUUUGAGGGAAUGUAUAGUUUCCAUAGUUUCCUAUAGAAGCUUUUAAUUUUGGCAUGUAAAGUAAAAUUAUUAGGAUCCAAGCUAGUUUCAUGCAAUAGUUUAUAGGCACUCUUUACGGAGAACUCCCCUGUCAACUCCCCUCUCUAUACUUGAAAAUCCUUGUGUGUUGUCUUUGCUAGUGGAAUCUUCAGGAUUUUUUCUGCUAUAUCCAUUCGAAAGCAUAAGCUUUUCUCCAAAAGCCCUCUCGUGACCCAAACACUCUUCUAGGUGAGCGAAGAAACAAAGAAGAUAAAAAUGGCAGUGUGUUCAACAACCACUCUAUCCAUCGGCGGUAGCGUCUUCUCUGGCCAGCUGCGGCAUUGGGAACCUAACGAAUCGAAGCUCUUUCAAAAACCCAGAAGUCGUUUUCGAUGGUUAUGCCUUAAUGACCUCUAUUUGCUACGCUUCAGAACCAAAACCUUGAAUUUCAACCCAAGCGGAAGCUUGCUGCCUUCACUUUAUGCUUAUGGCAAAGAAGCUGACGACGCCUUUCUCUCGAAGGUAAAUGAAGACACUGAUGAGAUGUUUGAUGAUUUGAUGAAAAAGUAUGGAGAAGUAGUAUUUAGAAAGAAUGACCGUAAGUCUCCAAGUGCUGAGCUCGAUGAUGAUGCCGAAAGCUUGUCCUUUGCUGUAGAAAUGGCCAAGGUAGCAAGUGAUGUGAAGGCUGCAGAUAUAAGGGUCCUCUUUGUGAAGCCUCUUGUGUAUUGGACUCGGUUUUUCAUCAUUGCCACGGCAUUCUCUCGCCCGCAGAUUGAUGCCAUUGGAUCCAGAAUAAGAGAUUUGGCUGAGAAGAAGUACGGAAAAAUUCCAUCUGGAGAUGCAAAACCAAACUCAUGGACACUUUUAGACUUUGGUGAUGUCGUUGUCCACAUAUUUCUUCCUCAACAAAGAGCUUUUUACAAUUUGGAAGAGUUUUACGGAAAUGCAACACUCGUUGAGCUGCCUUCUGAAACCCAACCCCCAUUUCACACUUGAAAGCUACUAUUUCCAAAGGAACCAAAGGCACUGACUGAUAGAACCUCAUGGUGGAAGUGCUUAUCUAUGCCAGAUUUCAGUUAGCAUUACAUACUCAUCACCUCAAUCCUUGCUUGGAGGCUUGACCUAGAAUCACUGGGGCACAGUUCUAUUUCUGGUACGUAUCAUUUGCAAAUCAUAAGGAACAGUUGAAAGCCCGGAAUUAUUAUAUGUUCGGUUACUUGGUUACUUCCGGGUAGGGCCUUAUGGCUUGUACCUGUAACAGUCGCAAGCAGUCAUGCCAUGAGGCUUGAUGAGUUUCGAAUCAGUAUAAAUGUAGAUUGAACUUAUAGGUUAAAUUUAGCUUAUGAUCCGAAUGAUUAUGAAUCUAAGACUUUUAGAUUGUUUACGAGGCACAUCCAACAUAAGUUUUGCACCAGGGUCACAGAAGCACGGUAGAUCAUGAAAACACUACAAAAUUCAUCGAUGGUUAUAUCUUUGAAGUUUGUAAAACAUGGGGACCAUAUGGAGGAAUUGGCAUUUUUCUUUUAUCUAUAUUUAGCUUGGUAUUUUUAACGUGCUAAUUGAAAA